AUGAUGUUUGAAAAAACAAACACUGGAGUAGUAAAAGUUGAUGAACAUUCAUAUGAAAAUAUGAGAAAAACAAGAAGAAUUUAUGUUAAUAGUGAUGUACAUAAAGAGAUUUUAAUGUUAUUGUUUAAUUUAAUAGUGAUGGAGAAUGGAGUAUUAGACCCAUUAUAUACUGAUCAAUUUCCAGAUUUAAAAGGUAUGAAAGAUGCAUUAUUUAUUUUGUCAUGUCAUUUAGAUCGUAGUUCAAAUAGAGAAAUAGCAAAACAAUUAUUCUGUCAAGAGUCAUUAAAUCCAGGAAUUCAAGAGUUAUUGAGGUUAUUAUCACAACAGUUUUUUGAUAUGUCAAAGUAUUCAAUUAUUAAAGUCAUUGGAGAAGGUGCGUAUGGAGUAUGUUCUGAGGCAUUGGUAAAAUAUGGAUCAGACGUAACAUUGAAUAAAGUUGUUAUCAAACAAAUUAAAAUUUCUGAAUCUCCUAAAGCAAGAAGUGUUCUUCAUGACAUUUUUAAUGAAAUUCUUAUUCUUGAAAGACAUUGCAGAGAUGAAAGAGUUUCUCAUUUAUUUGAAUAUGGAUAUAACGAAGGGUUCUAUAAUAUUGUUAUGUAUCAAUAUUCUGCAUCAUUAGGAUCAUGGAGAAGAAAUUUACAACCGUCAACAUCAAACACACGAAUUCAUUUAUUAUUAAAUAUUUACAAAGAAGUAUUACGAGUUUGUCAAGUUUUAAACCAACGAAUUAUUCAUUUUGAUAUUAAAUGUGAAAAUUUCUUAAUUGAACCAUUACCUGGAGUAUCAUUAGAAACAGUCAAUAAUCCACAAACAGAAAUUCCACCAUUUAAAUUAUGUCUUGCUGAUUUUGGGGAGGCAUGUGUUUAUCGUAAUGAUAAAGAAGCAAAUACAACUAGACAUCGUGGAACAGAAUCAAUUAAACCACCAGAAAUGUUAAAAAUGGAUUUAGCAGGAGGAAUGCCUGUAAAUGCAUCAUGUGAUAUUUGGGCAUUAGGCUGUUUGUUAUAUGAAUUAUAUACAUCAAAAAUGCUUUUUGCAAUUGCUGAUGUUGGAGAAUUUUAUUUCAGAGUAUUAAAGAGUGAAGAAUUAUUAACAGAAGAAAAUAAAGAAUUACUUGGAAAUAACGAAUAUUUAAUUGGAUUUCUUGAAUUUGUAUUAAACAGAGAUCCAACAAAACGACCACAAAUAUCUACAUUAGCACAAAGAUUUGAUGAAGUAAUUGAAAAGUUUAAAAAAGACAAUAAAAAAGAUUUACUUAAAGCAAAGAAGUGGGAAAAGAAUAGAAAGAUGUUGGAAAGAAAACAAUAUGAAGAAAUUGAAGAAGAAAAUAUUCAAUCAAAGAAAGAUAUUGAUAUUAAAAGAGGAAUAGAAGUUGUUGACUUUGAAGAAUCUAAACAAGUAUUUAAAUAUUUUAAUAAUAUUCUAUUUGGUGGAGAAAUGAAUGAUGAAGAAGUAUAUAAAAGAGGAAUUAAAUAUGUUAUGCAUUUUGGAGAAGAAUUACCAACAUCACUUUCACUUACUGCUAUGAAUUAUCCUAUUCCAAAAACAAUUGAAGAAAUGAUUAAAUUAUUUUCACGAAUUAUUGAGGUAUUAAGGGAAUUUGUUGUAUCAAAAAGAGCUGUAUAUAUUUGUGGAGAUAAAGGAUAUAUGCCAGCUGCUUUAUUAGUUGGAUUUACAAUGCAAAAACAUUACUUAUCAGAGUAUGAGUCUUAUCUUUACAUUCAAAAAGUAUGUCCAUAUGUUAGACUUCAUGAAUCUGUUUUAAGUGGAUUAAAAUAUUUUGAAAAGAAUCCAAUUCCAUCAAUUUUCAGUGGUAAUGAUAAAUUAAGACAUUUCCGUUGUUUAUGUGGAAUUGUUGAUAUAGUUUUAACUCAACCUAUUGAUGAAGAAUUAGUUAGAAAUUGUAGAUGUGAAGCAGAUGGUAAAGAAUAUUGUCCUAAUCGCCAUAAUGGGUGUAGAAUCUUUUUAGAAACAAUGAAAGAGAAAUCAUCUUAUGAUGCAAUAUUUAUGAAAUGGGUUGGAGUAAAACAAAAGAAUGUUGUGGGAAUGAAGAAUCUUUUGAAUGUUAUGAAUGUGUUUGUUUAUUCUUUUUUUUGUAUUUUAUUUGCUUAA